AGAAAAGAAUGUUGCUCUCCAUUGAUGGAUUUCUAAAAACUGAUGAAAGACAAAGACUAGCAAAGGAGAGGAGAGAAGAAAGGGAGAAGUACCUUGCUGCUAGGGAGCAGCAGAUACUGGAGAAGGAGAGAAGGGCAAAACUUCAAUAUGAAAAGCAAAUGGAGGAACGAUGGAGAAAACUGGAGGAACAGAGACAGAGAGAGGAGCAGAAGAGAGCAGCUGUUGAAGAAAAGCGGAGACAAAAGCUUAAAGAGGAGGAGGAACGUUUAGAAGCCAUGAUGCGUCGCUCCCUUGAACGCAGUCAGCAGCUGGAACAGAAGCAGAAGCGAUGGUCGUGGGGAGGAGCACUGGCUGCAGGCUCAGGAGGAAGAGAUGGUGAAUCAGAAAAUACCCCACCCCCUGUUCUAGGUUUAGCUGCCAACACCCUUCCUCCAGACCCUGUGACCUCUACUGCUCCUGCUGAUUCCUUCAAUGCAUGUGACAAACUUUCAGCUUCUACAAUGAAUCUGCCAAAGCAAAUGGAGUCGCCAAUCAGUAAGCGUCUGUCCUCCUCCACAGCGGCAAUAACACAUUCCCCUGACAGAGCUCACCGCAUGCAUCUUAGUCCAAUGGAAAACUUUAUUGUUUCUCGACUGCUGACUCCCACACAGUCUUCUUUAGCCAGAAGCAGAAGUACAUUAAUGCUUUCUGAGCAGUACAAUAAUCCAGUAUUCCAUAUCUGUCCUCGUGUAGCACCAGCUAGUCCUCUUAAAUCUCCCUACAAGCCUUCCCCCACACGAAGCACAGACAGAAAGAAGGCGACUUCACCCUCCACUUCUGAUGCCAUGAAAGGGGCGACUGCAGCUGAAGUUACUCAGACUGAGAAGAUAAAGAAAGAGAAGAGACCCACAACACCUGGUUCAUCAUCUGGUAUGGGAUCUCCUCUAAGAAGGUCUGAUUCUCCUGCUGCCAUGUCCAGAAGAUCUGCAUCACCUGCAACACCUAAGACAGUUGCAAAGACUUACCCUCAGUCUCCUAAAAAUGCCAAACAAUAUCCAGCUUCACCUGUGAAGCAUCGUGCCACUUCUAAUCUCAACCAGGAAACUCCUAAAAAGAAAGCAGACAAGGAGAAGGAGAAUGUCGGUCGUCAAAAAUCCCCAGGAGCGCGCACUGAUGAGGCAGGUCAGGCAGCUUCUGAGAAGCACGUGCCUUCUGCAGGAAAGACUGAAAGUAGUGAAGGGAAGCUCACAGCAGGAACAACUGAUGCAGAAGAAGCUUCAAAAAUUCUAGCUGAGAAAAGACGACAGGCGCGCCUACAAAAAGAACAAGAGGAAAGGGAGAGACAGGAAAGAGAAGAGCGGGAGAGGCUUGAAAAAGAAGAGCAGAAAAGAAAGGCAGAAGAAGAAAGACUUCGUCUAGAGGAAGAAGCUCGUAAGAAAGAGGAGGAAAGAAAACGUGAAGAAGAAGCAGCUAGAAAAAAGGCAGAAGAAGAAGCGAGGAGGAGAGCCAAGGAAGAGCAAAUGCUAAAAGAAAAGCAAGAAAAAGAGCUCCAAGCCAUACUUGAGAAGCAGAAGGAAGAAGCAGAAAUCAAAGCCCGUGAGGCAGCUGAACAGCUUCGUCUUGAAAGGGAACAAAUCAUGCAGCAAAUUGAGCAGGAGAGACUGGAGCGGAAGAAGAGAAUAGAUGAAAUAAUGAAGAGAACAAGAAAGAGUGAAACACCAGAAAUAAAGAAGGAAGAGCCAAAACUGGAGAUACCAUCAACUUUGAAUAUGGAAAAGCAGCCAAAAACCCUUGUUCUCAACCAGCCGGAGAUCAAUGGAUUGGCAACCUGCCUGAAAAAUAAAAGCCCAGAAAGUGCUGCCUCUGUAAUGCCUUCCCAGGAUGUAGUUGCUAAUGGACUUAAAUCAGUUGCAGGACUUAUUCAGCUGGAAGCUGUUGAUGGGAAAUCUAACAGCAUGGAAGAUUCAACAGAUGAGGUUCAGUCUAUGGAUGUGAGCCCGGUUUCUAAAGAAGAACUCAUCUCUAUCCCUGAAUAUUCACCUAUGAACGAACUCAUGCCCAGCGUUUCUUUGGACCAAAAUGGGACAAGUAAUGCCAAGGCUCUUGAAGAUCUUUUGGAUUUUACAGGCCAAGCUACUUACUCCAAGAUCUCCAGCGAAACCAUUAGCCUAGAUGACUGUAACAAAAACUUGAUUGAGGGAUUUAACAGUCCAGGACAGGAAAAUACACUUAAUUCUAUCUGUUGACAACCUCGCUUUUCUGCAGAAUAGAUAAAGAGGUAGCAGUUUGUGGAGGAUAUCUAUCCCUGUGAUGCUACUGUAAAAUAUGAGCUUGUCACUUGAAAAAGCUUCUGCAGUCCUUGAACACUGGAUUUCAAAUAAUCAGAGCUGAAUAUAACUUUGUCUUCCCAAGGGAUACAUUGAAUAACUGGCUGCUUUUGGUAGAAACCAGUGAUCUAGAGCCUUGGUAGCUUCAGGGAAGACUGAGUGUGCAUUAGAAUUUGAGCUUUAGCUGCUAAUAAAGCACUUAUUUCUUCUUUUAAUUUAAACUUCAUCUGAACACUUCACUGUGAUUAUUUUAUUUUCACUGUGCAUUUUAUUUUAAAAUCAUUCUUCCUUAAGUUUUCCCAUUCAUCUAUUUAGAUAUCUUUUUCUUGUAAAUAAUGAUGAGGCUUGCCCACAGUGAGUUGAAAUGAAUUAUACUGUACUUCAGUUUUGUGCCUCUCUCUUUUUUUUUUUUUUUUUUUUUUUUUCUUUAAUAAGGAAUUCUUGGCAACUUUUAUGCAGGUGUAUAAUUCAAAGCUGUAGCUGAAGAGGCAUGAAAAGUAUACAACUGCUGGAAUCAAAAAGAGCCUUCUUAUUGACUGUGGAGUGUAGGAGUUAUCCGUUUAUGAUUAUGUUGACGUUUUUAGUCACUAGUGGAAGUUACUGGUUAAUGCUGAUAGUCCUGGAGCGACUAUCACUUAUGUGUUAAAAACAUACUUGUUGUAACACCUGUAAACAAUGUAGGCAAAAUGCCUCCUAGUAUAAUCCCUUAAUAUGUAUUGUAUAACUGUAGUAGAUCCAAAUGAGUACGUCAAGGGGGGUCAGAUAACAUGUUAAUCUUUGGAGAUACAGACACUUUAUUAAUACCAGCAGGCUUUUGAUCAUGUGGAGAAGUAUUUUGUCUUCCUAUAGGCUCAGCAACAACAAAAUAUAGUCAGCAGCAAAACAAUAUAAAAAAGUUGCAGCCAAAAUACAAAAGCUGAGAGAGACACAGCGAACGCUGCUAGCCUCCUUAAUAUUCUAUAAGCAUCUGUAUGGAAAAAUUCACAUCAGAAUGUAUAAUGUGUAGACAUUACGUGCCAUACAAUGUUAAUUUUAUUUCUGUUAGUGAACUAUGGUAACUUUUAUGCUAGAUCAUGUGCUGCUUUGAGGACGUUUUUGUCCAGUUCCUUAUAAAAAAAAAAAAAAAUUUAUAAAUACAAAUCUGUUUGGAAACGAACACAAAAAAAGUGAUAACUUUUUUUUAUAUGUAAGGGAGUUCACAGUAUAGCCUGAGCUCAUUGGUAGCCCUGUUGUUGUGCUUUUUUGAAGUCAGCAACAGAAAGUAACCCAUGAAAUUGUGUGUGAUAAAGCAUACCUACAACAAUCCAGCUCUAUUUAUGUUAGUGUACUUCAGAAAAAAACUUUAUUUUGACUGUGCAGUAAGCUGUAGCAUGAUACUGUGUCUUCCAAAUUAGUCCUACAUUUAUUUCCUAAAUAAUAAACAGAGACAAACUGUUUUGCUGUGAUACAUUGUGUUUGACAAAUGUCCCAUUAUAUUUUACUAUGGUGUCACUGUAUAACCUGUAGAUUUCUUCAUUUGCAUGACAUGUAUAGCAUGUAUAAAGGUGAAAUACAUUUUCAUUUAUGAAUCUAA